UCAUACUUGCUUGUGCGCAUGCGUAAAACAAGGAGUCCUUGGCUGCGCUGGCUGCUGUAGGUGAACCGCACUGUUUCGGGACACUGUCAAAAUGCAGAGCUGGAACCAGCUUUAUCGUACCCUUGCAUCGCGAGGCCAGCACCUGCCUUGCAAACUGCACAGAGCCACAUCAUUGUCUCUGAGAACAUAUUCAGACAAAGCUGCAAUUGAUGCUGAUGUCACGGUGGUGGGCUCUGGGCCUGGAGGGUAUGUCGCUGCCAUCAAAGCUGCACAGCUUGGUUUCAAGACAGUGUGUGUGGAGAAGAAUGACACUCUCGGAGGCACCUGCUUAAACGUGGGCUGCAUCCCAUCAAAGGCCCUGUUAAACAACUCUUAUCUGUAUCACUUGGCACAUGGAAAGGAUUUUGAAAGCAGAGGUAUUGAAAUCCAAGGAAUUUCACUAAACUUGGAGAAGAUGAUGGCACAGAAGAGUGGGGCUGUAAAAGCUUUGACAGGAGGCAUUGCACACUUGUUUAAACAGAAUAAGGUUACACAUGUCAACGGGUUUGGAACUGUAACUGGGAAAAAUCAGGUCACUGCAAAGACUGCUGAUGGUGGUGACCAAGUCAUCAACACCAAAAACAUCCUCAUUGCUACAGGAUCAGAGGUCACUCCGUUUCCAGGCAUCGAGAUUGAUGAAGACACUAUAGUAUCCUCUACAGGAGCUCUGUCCCUGAAGAAGGUCCCAGAGGAUCUCAUUGUUAUUGGAGCUGGAGUUAUUGGAGUGGAGCUGGGAUCAGUGUGGCACAGACUGGGCUCCAAAGUGACAGCAGUGGAAUUUCUGGGCCAUGUUGGCGGGAUGGGCAUUGAUAUGGAGAUCUCUAAGAAUUUCCAGCGCAUUUUGCAAAAACAGGGCAUGAAGUUUAAGCUGACUACCAAAGUUAUGGGUGCUACCAGGAGGCCUGAUGGAAAGAUCGAUGUGGCAGUGGAGGCUGCUGCAGGAGGCAAGAACGAGACGCUGACUUGCGAUGUGCUCCUGGUGUGUGUCGGCCGGCGCCCUUACACAAGCGACCUAGGUCUUGAGAAUGUUGGUAUUGAGCUGGACAACCGUGGCAGGAUACCAGUCAACAACCGCUUCCAGACCAAAGUGCCCAGUAUUUUUGCCAUUGGUGAUGUGGUGGCUGGUCCCAUGCUGGCACACAAAGCAGAAGACGAAGGUAUAAUUUGUGUUGAGGGAAUGGCAGGAGGAGCCGUUCAUAUAGACUACAACUGUGUUCCGUCUGUCAUCUACACACACCCUGAAGUCGCUUGGGUCGGUAAGAAUGAGGAGCAGCUUAAGGAAGAGGGCGUCCCAUACAAAAUUGGCAAAUUUCCCUUUGCUGCUAACAGCAGAGCAAAGACUAAUGCUGAUACAGACGGCCUGGUGAAGGUCCUGAGUCACAAGGAGACGGACAGAAUGCUGGGAGCACACAUUCUUGGAUCAGGAGCUGGUGAGAUGAUCAAUGAGGCUGCACUUGCAAUGGAAUAUGGAGCAUCGUGUGAGGAUGUUGCGAGGGUCUGCCAUGCCCACCCUACUGUUUCAGAGGCCUUCAGAGAAGCCAAUCUUGCUGCUUCAUUUGGAAAAGCUAUUAAUUUCUAAAUUGCAAAUUACAUGUAUAUAAUUGGUUUCAGUACAUCACAGUGCACAUGCUUGACCUUCUGAACGCUUAGUUUUCAGGAAAAGACAUUAUUGAAAAUCUAAAGUAAAACGGUAUUCCAUUUAGUAUGUUAUUUAAAUGUUCUAAUAAAAGGAUUUGUUCCUCA